UCAAUGUAGUCAAAAUUGAAUGUAAUGCAAUUAAAAUCCAUGAAAUGCGAACUGAGUUUGUGUGCUAUAUUGUGGUUUUGCAACUAAAGGAUCAGGUCCAAAGCAUGGAUAGGAAAUAAGAAGGCAAUGCCACCAACGAUGCAAAUCAUUGCGUAGCCCUGGCCAAUAUAUUGAACUUAUAAUUGUUUGCGUUCGGUGUGAAUGAGGCAAGGCAAAUGCAAAUCGUUCGUAGCUGCGAAUAAUGGAAGAAUAAUAUGAUUCAUGGACAGUAGUGAUCCUUCGAUCUGAAAACAUCGUUAUCAUCAAUGGAAGCGAAAGUGAUAAGAUUGGGUUUAUGAAAGAGUUGAACUUCGAGGACUGCGCAGUCAAUGUGCAACAUUCUAUCAAUAAGUCAUGCUGAGCUAGUGCAAAAGCUCAUCAUCUAUCUUGUAAUCGUAAUGCAAUCAGUAGUGGAAGCAGUGAGUGGAUUUGUAAUUACGGAAUACUUAAGCUAUUGAUUGCGUCUUUCAAGAGUUCAUCAGAUACAACCCACCCCAACAGCUGUGCAUCUGUAACCUGAUUCUAGAACGGCAGCCAUUCACCAUGCUGUGUGUGAUAUAGCACCAACGCCAUUGGCAGUGAACAAACGAGCGCACAUUAAACCAGUCUUCUUUAUUCGCGCUGUAGGAACUUUACCAUCUCUCAAGCGCAAUUGCAGUGAGUUGCAGUCAGUAGUUAUCACCUCUAUAUCAGUUGAAAGGAACAAAGUAGAGCAAGCUCCAAAAUGUGUUCGUGUUGUUCCGAUAUGCAAAAGAAGCUCGUAUCCUUCGGGUGUUCAGCAUUCCUGAUACUGUUUGCAAUCAUUUUGGGCACGUUAUGGCCGUCGAUGUCUUCUAAGCUAUUGCGAGAUAAACUAGUAAUCAAAAAUGGAUCCGUCAACUACCAGAACUGGAUCCGGACUCCAAUUCCGAUGUACCUGGAAGUGUAUCUGUUCAACUGGACCAAUCCAGAGGACCUGGACAAGUUCCCCGCGGUGAAGCCCCAUUUCGAAGAGAUGGGUCCUUACGUGUUUCACGAAGUUCACGACCGGGUCAAUCUGCAGUGGAACGAUAACAACACGGUUACGUUCAAUCAACGGCGGACGUGGAACUUUGAACCUGAACUGUCGCGGGGAUCACUCGACGAUACUGUGACUAAUCUGAACGUUAUUUCAUUGAACGCAGCGUAUUUUACUCGGGACUCCUCAGCAUUGGUUAAGUUCGGUGUCAACAAAAUUUUAGAGUUUUAUGGCUCACUUGUUUGGGAAAAGAAACCGGUCCGUAAGCUGCUGUUCGAAGGACUAGAUGAUCCUAUGCUGGAACUACUGAAAAGUCUGAAUACCUCUAAAAUUAAUAUCCCCUUCGAUAAAUUCGGCUGGUUUGUGGACAGAAAUCUGAGCGACACGUAUGAUGGAUCUUUCACAAUGAAAACGGGUGCCGAUUCGUUGGAAAACACUGGAAUGCUAACCUUGUGGAACGGAGAGAGUAAUACCGGCAUGUACCGUGGAGAGUGUGGCGAAGUCAGAGGAACUACCGGCGAACUGUGGCCUGUGAGUCACAAUUUGAAGACGAAUGUGACCAUCUUUGCUUCGGACGUCUGCCGGUCGCUAACGCUACAGUACGGGGAACAGAUUACUAUACAUGAUGUGGAAGGUAGCAAAUACGUUGGCGAUGAGCGGGUGUUCGAUAACGGAACAAUGUUUCCGGAAGCAGCCUGCUGGUGUAAUUCCGACCAUUGUCCGGAUGUUAAAUCUGGCGUUUUCGAUGCUUCAGCGUGUAAAUACGGAUCGCCGACAUUUGUUUCGUAUCCUCAUUUUUACCUGGCGGAUCCUUCAUAUCUGGACUCAGUCAGCGGAUUGAGCCCUAAUAAAUCUAAGCACCAGUUCUAUAUUGCUAUGGAGCCGCAUACCGGCAUUCCAUUGGAUGUCCGCGCCCAGCUGCAAAUUAACAUGCAUAUGCAGCCAAUCAAGGGAUAUAAAAUGUACGAUAAGCUCCCAAAUAUGAUGGUACCCAUGAUGUGGUUCACUCAACGCGCAACACUGACCCCAGAGUUGGCGGAUCAAGCCAAGAUGGCUCUGGUACUCCCAGCGUUAGGCAUCUACAUCGCCAUUUUCUUCGGCACGACGGGAACCAUCCUGGUAGGAGUCUUCAGCUAUAUUUGCAUACGUAAAUGGAGCUCCCAGGUACCGUACGAAGAACUGCUGCGAUGAGAAGCCGCUGUUGCUGAAGCCUUGCCAACGACGAUUGAUAGCGAAGACAACAACAUCGGCAUCGAUGUCGACCAUGAUCUCACAUUUAACGGAAAAAUGUGCGGGCAUUCUGAAUAGUAUAGAUAGUAGAGUAAACAUAGAUCCGUGUUGAUGAAUCCGUUGUAUCCAAACGAACUGUCAAAAUCUGUAUCCAAACGAGCAUGCCGUCACGAUUUGGACAACAUCAAUGGAGCGCAUGACGUCAUAUUCAACCGUCUCACUCUUGAAAAUUACUACUUACACGCUUGAAACAUUUUAGUUAGCGGUGUCCGCGGAUCUAUAUUUACUCUACUAUCUAUACUGAAUAGCUACCACCAAUACACCUCCUGCUGGGAUGUGAAGUGCCUUAACGUGAUAAUCAUAAGUCGUAGGUGCAGUCGCAUUUGCUCAUAACUUCAACUUUUAGGGUUUGCGGAUAGAUAUUUUUUUCCUCAAGUGGUGAAUUUACAUAGUUGACAGAGAUUGAAGAUUAUAAUACCAGUUGACAAUGAUUUUGAGUCUGAGAACGAUUGAGAUAGUAACAGUGCCAAUUAUAGUUUAUCAUUAGAAGCUUCAGAGUUGUAAAAAAUAGCUACGAAAUACUUCUGGUCUGUUACCAAAACACACAUUAGUUAGGACUAAUAAAAUAAAAUCAAUAUA